CGCCGCGGCCCCCCACCCCCACCGGCGGAUUUCCUCCAUGACUCCGACUGAGGGAUCCUCCAUGGCCAAUCGUGCUGCAGUCGGUGACGGCCAAGAGGAGAAGAUAUGGAUCUCCCGCCGCCCCAUGUCCUGGCUACCUCCGCACGCCCCCCACGACUGCGGCGAUCCUCCCCCAAAGUCGGUCGUCCUCGACACCGUCGUCUACGCCGACGACCGCACCAACGCCUCCACCGCCGAGGGCUUCACCAGCAGCGGCGACGCCAUCCGCCUCACCUUCUGGCCCGCGCAUCCGCCGCUCAUCUCCUACUUCACCAUCCACCUACCCACCCUCCUCCCGGACGGAUCCGCCACCUCGCUCAUCCUUCUGCCACGCCUUGUCCGCACCGACGGCGACCUCGCCCUCUUCCGCGUCAUGAUCGGCUCUUCAUACAUCGACCCGGACCACAACAACUACGUCAUCUACCGUGCCGGCGUCAACAAGCUUGAGGUGCUCCCCACCCACCCCACCCGCUUGUUCGCCGACUGUUCAGUUGCUCUCCUGCGCUGCCCCGACGACGGCAGGUUCUUGGUCGCCAAUCUCCGUUCAACUUUCGACCUUGGGCAGUACGCCCUCGACCUGUUUGACUCCCGGUCAGGCACAUGGAUCACCAGGUCCAUGUGUACAGAACCUCCACACGAGGACGGCCACUACCGCAUUCCGACCAAGGUGAUCGCCCUUGGUGGCGAUCGCGGUUCAGUCGGCUGGGUCGACCUAUGGAAUGGCAUCCUCAUCGGUGAUCUGCUCCCCGGCGGCGACGGCAAUGACAACAACAUCCUCCGCUUCAUCCGUUUGCCCGUGCUUUUGGCGCCCAACAAGAUGGCCCCGGGCUGUUUGUCCUGUGACCAGGACGUCUCUGUCGGCAGAGACGGCUCCAUCAAAUACUCAGAGGUGUGGGCUCAUCCUGUCCCUGGCUCACCGACCUACAUCUCCGAGGACUGGGGUGCUGCCAUACUGACAUGGCUGGAGUCCAAGAAGAAGUGGCACAUCGACCUCAAGCUCAAAGCCUCGGACAUCAUCGUGGACGAGACUCACUCCCAGUUGCUUCCUCAGCAUGAUGUCAAGGCCACAACGAAGAAUGCAACCUUGAGCAGACUUCGCACAGGGCAUCCUGUUCUCAGCUUGCAUGAUGAUGAUGUUGUUUACAUCAUGGCCAAGGUUUACCACAUGGACGACGACUUGUGGAUGCUUGCUGUUGACAUGAGGAACAAGACUCUGAAAGGAGUGGCUGCUCUCACCAGUAAAAGAAGCUGGGGUUUUAGAUUCAUCUACCUGCAAAGUGACCUCUCCAGCCAUCUGGUGCCCACAAGCGAAAACACCGAGGUCUUCAACCGUCCGCCCAAAAGCAAAAGAAAGAAGAAUCCUUCUAAAACUGCCAAGCAACAACCUGGGAAGACUCUUGCUAACAGCUGUCGUGUGGAACAAGAAGAACAGGAGCUGAGGAUACUCGAGCCUCGAGUUAUUACUAUUCAGCCCCCCUCUGUACCUAAGGAGGACUCUGUUGGCAUAUUACCUCCAGGACAGGGGUCUGAUGUGCCAGAAGGCAUUGGUGCUGCUUCCGCAAAUGUGAGUGCACCAAGAUCAUUUACCCUGGAGGUCAAGAAUGACGGCGCUGGAGAUGCCAACGAGCAAACUAAGGAGACAAGUGCAAGCAAUGCCACUGGCCUAACAUCUCUAGGACCAUUAUCCCCGUCUGAUGAAGGCGCGGUCUUGAAUAAUGACUUGAUAGAGAAAACAGAUGGCUAUCUCUCUGAUGAACAUUCAUUUGAACACAACCAAAAUGCAGAUUCAAAUGGUGAUAUGUCUACUACAGCGUAUCAGUUGGAAGACUUGACCAUACAUGAGGAAAACAGACCAAAACCAUCUGAUGAUAACCCAGCUGUAAUAAUCCCAGGCCACCUUCAGGUUUCCAAUGCUGAUUUUGCGCACUUGACAUUCGGUAGUUUUGUGUCUGGGACACUCGAUGCAUCAUGCUCCAUGAUGCCUGCCAAUACACCAGCAAUGCCGCCUUUCCGUGAGUUGGAUCCAGCAUUCUCACUGCUGCUUACUAACCCUCCAUUGGCUACAAUGGUUCAUGGUACACCACAAUCGUCCGUGAACAAUGCAACUGUUUCUUCACAUCCUCAAGAGAAUGUUAACCAAGGUGGUUUAUCCAACCCACAGUUGACCCACUCUCAGGGAAGCACCGGCAUUGCCCCAGGUCCUCCUCUGCCUCACCAUCUUGCUGCCCUUCAUCCUUAUGCUCAAGGAGGGCUUCCCCUUGGAUAUGAAAACAUGAUCGGAUACCCAUCUUUGCCGCAAAGCUAUGCGUAUCUCCCGCCUGCUGCCUAUCAGCAAGCAUACAUGAACAGUGGUCUAUUCCACCAAGGCGCAGCUGCAGCUCCCAACUCGGGCGUAAAAUACCCAAUGCCACAAUACAAGAGCAAUGUUCCUCUUGGGAGCCUUCCACAGCCAGCCACAAUGCUCUCCAACUACCUUGGAGGUUCCGGAACUGCAAAUGGCAUGCCUCAAAACUUUGCCCUGAACCAAAGCAAUCCGUCGGCAACCACAGCUCCUGGGUUUGAUGGAGCAAUGCCCUCCCAAUACAAGGAUGGAAACCCCUACAUGUCUCUACAGCAGCUGGUUCGCGAGGAAUGCCGCCUCGUGCGGCCAACCCCUUGUAUGGCUAUCAAGGGCAGCAGGGCUACCAGGGGCAGCAGGGCCACCAGGGCGGCCUUAGGCAGGGGCAGAUGCCGUCGCAGUACGGCACAACGCUCGGGCAGUCGCAGCCAGGCCUAGGACCCGAACACCGAAACCCCAGCGACGGAAACUUGAGUGCUGCCGCCGCCGCCCAGGCUAACCAAAUGUGGCCG